AGCAGCAAUAUAUUUCAGGAGAGAGAACACUGAUUUUGAAGACCACAGUAUAGGAUUUCUCUACUGGUAAUGCCGAAUAAUCAGGUGAUGAAUGCAUAUGAAAUCUUUGUCAUUGCAAUAUUCUGGCAGCUUGGGCAAUGCUGGCGUGCAAAGGCAGAAGUCAUUGCAUAUCCAAGCGUAUUAGAAGAGAGGAUGACUGGUACAACCAUGGUUCUUAGGAUUACAGACGACAUAACACUCAACCUCGAAAGAAGUUCUGUGCUCGCUGAUGAGCUGCUUUUUGUAACGAGCGAUAAGGAUGAACACCGUGUGGAAAAGGUGGACACGUCUUUCAUUCAGAAGGAUCUGUACCACGACUCGCAUCGGCAGUCUUCAGUGAUGGUACGCAGUAUUGACGGAGCAGUCCAAGUUGAAGGCAUUCUUGGCAGCCACCUUAGAAUCAAGCCCUUGCUGCAGGCGGCACGUUCUAGGGAGGGCCAAAUGCCGCACAAAAUAUACGAAGUACAGGAGGAGCCAGAAUCGAGAAGAAUGGCAAUGGCUUAUGGAUCAAGUGGAAAAGGAAGACGAGGAACCAAUAGGCGGGGAAACAGCAACAGGAAACGUGGUGCAGGGAGCCCACAGCGGAACGAAGAUACCUUUCUUGUGGAACUUCACAUGAUUUCGGACAAGAAACAUCAGCGUGAUUACAAAACAAACGAACAAUUAAUUGCUUACAUGGCCAUCACGAUGAACGCUGUCAACUUAAGAUAUGUCGACAUGUCGAGACCAGGAAUAAAAUUUAUCCUCGUUGGAAUAACAAGAAGCAAGAAUGAUGAAUUCGCCGCAGUAGAAAAAGGCCUCUUGGAUGCGUCAGAGACAUUGCAAGGUAUGAAAAGGUACAUAAAAAAUGGAAAAGUUCCAGGAAACCCCGACAUCCUCUUCCUCAUGACUGGGCUGGACAUGUUCAGUAGGAAUGGCGGAAAAAUUGGCAAGGAAUUAGUCGGUCUUGCAUUCCGUGGCACACUUUGCACCGAGGCGAGGGUUGGCGAGGGUGAAGACACUCCUACAACUUUCUCGGGAGUUUAUACGGUGGCCCACGAGCUAGGCCAUCUCAUGGGUUCAGCCCACGAUCAAAGCCCCGAGUGCCCCUGGGAAGAAGGAUACCUGAUGAGUUACGUGGACGGAGGCCUCAAGAAGUAUCGCCUAUCGCCUUGCAGUGAGAAGUCUAUGCGAGAUGUCUACAAAAACCUUAAACCGGAAUGCAAGGCAGUGCAGACGAAGAUGAACUACAUGAAGAAGUACAAGAAAUAUCCUGGGCAAACGGUGCGCGCUACGUAUUACUGCAGGAAGCUGUUGAAGAAAAGUGGAGUAAAAUGGGUCGUUUGGGAUAAUCCGACGCUCAAAAAGAAGUGCAAAAUGGAGUGCUGUUAUAAGACACCAGCCAAAUUCGUUUGUUCGCAUGUAGACAUUUUAACAGGAAUGUCAUGCGGCGAAGGCAAGACCUGCAAAAGGGGCGUAUGUGCACAGCACAACCUUCCAUGAUUUAAAAAAAAAUGAGAAGGCAUUACCGCAACUUCAAAAAAAAAUCCAUCGCAGACUUUUUUAUGAAGACAAUAAAGCACUUAACAAAAUCUCA